GCAAAGAUGGCUUUGCAGAAUUCACUAUCAAAGAUGUUGCCAGACAAGGCAAAAAUGAAGAUGAUUCGGCCGUUAAUGUGGAAACUGGAAACUAUACGUAUAUCUGCAAAAUGACUGUAGCUUACGUUGUUAACAAUCCUGGUCCAAAAUCGACGACACUGAUUGUAUAUGAAAAGCCAUCAUUUACAAACACACCAAAGAAUAAAGAAACUUCGGAAAGUAGUAUUACCCUUGAAUGCACUGCUAAAGGAAGACCGCAACCAAGGAUCAGCUGGACAAUCUUAGAGGCAUCAGGAGAAAGCAGGGUAACUGAAUCACAGACUCCACUAAAAAUCAAUCCAAAGGAUGAUCCUGGUGUGUACAAUUGUACUGCUAGAAGUGUUGCAGGCAGUGUGUCAGCUGUGGCAGUCGUACAGUAUACAGAAUGUGACGACUCCACAUGUUCCAAAGAUAGCAUGGGUAUUGAAAUGACAGGACUUACCUUUAAAAGUGACUAUGAAAACAUAAAGUCCAAAGAAUCUGAGAAGUUAAAAAAUCCCAUUGAGCAGGAAGUGAGUUGCUAUGGAACUUAAUGCUGAUUUUUAUUU